GCGGGAUGUCGGGGCCGAACGGGGAGCCGCACGUGCCGGUGGGCGGCGCCGGCGGCAACGACGAGGAGGAGGAGGAGGAGGACGGAGACAGCUUCGGGGAGGAAGAAUAUGCAGCAAUAAACUCCAUGCUGGACCAGAUCAACUCCUGCUUGGACCACCUGGAGGAGAAGAAUGAUUAUCUACACGCCUGCUUGAAAGAACUGCUGGAGUCCAACCGCCAGACCCGUCUGGAGUUCCAGCAGCAGAGCGAGCAGCAGAGUAUGGAAGCUGAUGUGCAGGGAUCACAGCCUCCCGUCUAGUGUGCUGGCCACAAACUCUCAGUUGCUAUUGCUAAGGGGGCAUUUACUGGUCACCGAUUUAACGUAAGACUUGAAUAGAAGAGGUACCUCGUGCCUGUUACUUGUUCCUUCCUGUGGUUGUGUCCUGCCAUUCACCUCCAUGUUCUGUUUUUCUUUAGCUGUCCGAUAGGUGCAGAAGCACACAGGUGGAUGUAAGAAAGCUGGUUCUUUUUGCUCCUCGACACGAGCCUGGCACUGACACUAGGUUAAAGCUGGUUGUAGGAAACCUGAUGCCAUGCAGGUUGUUUGCCAGCAGGCCCUCUUCACAAAGAGGAAAAAUUAUCUCUGCUCUUUUGCACUGUUAAAUCCAAGCAAGGAGUGUUACAGCUCUAGCCUCUUCCCUCAAAAAGCACAGUAGGCAGGGGCUGUCCUGACUCCAGGCUUGUCCCCAAGUGUAGCUCUGGUGACAGACUUGGAGAGGGAGGCCCUAGGCCAGCUCCUGCCUUGAAACUACAGCUUCCCCAUUAUUCACAUUAACUGUGAUGUACGAAAUAUUGGCAGAUGGUCCCAGAUCACUGGACGCUUCUAUCCCCUUCCAAGCAGAUAAGACAAGCUACCAAGGUGACAUUUUUGACUGUUACAAUUGGAAGCUGCCUAACUCCUUAAGCUGCCAUUAAGGACUCAGGCGUUAGAGAGAGGCAGAGCAGCCUGGUUAGCCCCCACCACAGCAUUAGCUAUACAGAGCAAAGAGACGGGGGCCUGCCUGCCAUGGGCUGUGAGCAGAGUCCUCCCUGUACAUUUUGACAAGAGUACGCAUGAGCAUUCUGGUCUGAAACUUUGUGAUCUUGUCAGGAUGGUCUGGGGCCAGUACUGUGAAGCAAGUCUUACUGUUCUACUUCUGUAGAGUUAAAGGAGUUUUUUGGAAAGUUAAAGUUAUCUAUAAGAAAUCUGUUUUAUUAAAAUCAGUUUGAAACAAAAUUUCUUCCUGAGAGUCUCCACUAUGAGAACAGACUGUAUUAAGCCUUGUAGUAUUAACAAAGGACCAAGAUGCAUAUUCUUGCCUAGCUUAGGACACAGUGCUUGUCCAGGAGUGUGCAUCUUUGAAAGGAAACUGUUCUUAGGAGCAGAAUUGGGCACACAGUCUCCCAAGAGAUAAACUUUUCCUCUGCCUGGAAAGGAAACGAGAGGAACUACGAAGAAUUCUUAGUGAAAAAUAAGUCUGCAUCCAUCUACUUCAUGAACUUUGUCCCCUAUGGAAAUCACAUUACCACCAUCUUUCAGGUUCAACAAUCCAAGCCUCAGUCUUUCCACGUAAUUCCUGUAUCCCAACUGUACAAGUAAUAACCAACACCAUCCUGUAUUAGACACGCUAAAGCCAGGCUUAUUUUAUUCUUAAAAUAAAAACAGCAGUAAAGUUGAAGGUUUUUGCUCUAUUAAAAGACUCAGAAAAUAAA